AUGGAAAAACUGCAAUUCAUAACGCGCGAAUUGAAUCGGUUAUUCGGCCUGGACCACAACUGUUCUUCCUUCAACUCCUUGGGGUCGUCUCAACUGCUGCAGAUCGUUGUAGACGUCAUGGUGCAUCUGCAGUUGACCACCGAUACCCAUUCGGAGAAUCCAGCCUACGUAAUCUUGAGUAUUUUAAACUCGAUCAAAUACACGCCCGAUGGUAAUACGAUUAAUCCGGAGGACUUCAGAAACGGUUUGAUCGAAGGCCAAAAGAACGUCGUUCAUCCCAUCUUGCAUUUCAUGUUGACCAAUCAGAAGGCUGUCAAGAAACGUCAUUACUUGUCACAAUUUGUAAAGAAAAUCGAAGUGCCCGAAGAGUGCAGAGACGAUUCACACGGUAGAUACGAACAAGCGAUCGAAUUGUUUUGGGAGACUUACAAAGAGAACCAGAAAUACCAGCAAUUAGCGUCGGAGACUUCUGAAUUGCAAGAGGACAUGUGCAAGAUGCGAAGCGACCUCAAGAACCUCAACGCUAGGAUCCAACAACAAAAAUCUAAAUUGAGCCAAGAGAAUAUCGAUGGUAAACGAUUCGAAUCAAUCAAGACAUUCUCCAGAGAACUCAAACACUCCAACAAACUGCAAAAGCAGUUGACCGAAGAAUCUCUUAAACUAAGCAACUUGGAACAAAUCUAUUCCGCUUUAAAUUGCAGAAAACGAAUAACGAGUCUAGAAGAUUUAUUGGAGCAGAGCGAACGACAUCAAGAAACAGUGGAUAAUCUAAAGAAAGCGUUAAUUCUAAUGGAAUCAGAGAAAGAAAUAUAUUCCAAGGUAGAAAACGAAAUUAACCCUAAUAAUUACGAACUCGAUUAUUUGGAAAAUCAAAUAGAGGAAAUUCAGACAACCAUCAAUUUGUCUGCAAAUAACAGAGAUUCAACGUGUGAAGUAUUUAUAAACCAACUGAAAACAUUCGCGAAGAAAAAGCAGCAAAUCUCCAAGCAGAUCGCAAAAGGGAAGAAUCUGAAAGAUUACGUGACGAAAUUGCGUGAAACCAGCGUUGAUUAUAAGAAAUUGAAAAUCCAAUGGAACGGUUUACAAGCGGAGCUCGGUGUUUUGCAGCGGACAAUGGACAUAUUGAAAUUGGAUAAUCCCGAAUUAAGUGAUUUUCGAGAAGUUGCUUCGCCGAAAUCUCGUGACGAAAUUAAAGCGAAAUCGAGGGGGUACGAAAAGUUGCGAAACGAUGCGUUGAUUGUAGAAAUCGAAUAUAGAAGAGUCAAAGAAUCUUAUGACUGCGUGAAAGCGGAUUGGGAGGAAGCAAAGGCGACGUUCGACGCUGCUGUUGGGGGUCUAGGAGAGGAUAUUGAAAUAUUGAGUACAAAUUAUAGUAAUGUGCAGGAUAUGAUUGAGAUGGAAAUGGAAACUUUGAAUAGGUGCGUGGAGGAGGCCGAGAAGUUUAAGGAGUGUUUGCUGAAAUUUUCGCAGGCUGAGAUCGAGGCUGGCGAUGAAACGUAUUUGGAGGUGGUGAAAGACAAAUUGAAAGUUUUGGAAAUGACGAGAUUCGAUCUUGUCAAGAAAAUGGAUGCGAAAAAUGAGAAGAAUCGAAGUUUGCAACAAGAGAUUUUACAAAUCAGAGGAUGCAUUGAGAUGAUAAAUU